CUCUGCUAAGUCACAAAUCCCUGCUUGCUGCUGAAGGAGCUUUAGUCUUUUGACACCCGCAACUAUUUACCACGCAAUUGUUUCGAGGCGGACAUUUGUCUCGCAGACGAGAAGAAUUAAGCGCGAUGGAUGCAGCAAUUGAUCUCUCAGAUGCCUCCAAGGCCUUGGACCUCGACAACAUCCGUUUCCAACUGAUCCGUCUGGAAGACACCAUAACCUUCCACCUCAUCGAGCGCGUUCAAUUCCCUCUCAACAAGCGGAUCUAUAUCCCUGGCGGGGUGAACAUUCCCAAUAGCGACCUUAGCCUUAUGGACUGGAUGCUCCGCGAAACAGAACGAAUUCAGUCGCGCGUUCGACGCUAUCAAUCGCCUGAUGAAUAUCCAUUCUUUCACGAGGCACUCGAGACACCGAUCCUCCAACCCCUCCAGUACCCGCACAUCCUGCACAAGAAUGACGUGAAUGUCAAUGAUAUGAUAAAAUCGAGGUAUAUUAACGAGAUUUUACCCCAUGCGUGCGGCAAGUUUGGCGGAAGGGAAGACCGGGGAGAGGCUCAAGAGAAUUACGGGUCCGCGGCUACAUGUGAUGUGAGCUGUUUGCAGGCGCUGUCGAGGAGGAUUCAUUUUGGAAAAUUCGUCGCUGAAUCCAAGUUUCGAAAAGAGCCGGAGCGGUUCGUGAAGUUGAUUAAAGCAGCGGAUAAAAAGGGGAUUGAGGAUGCAAUCACGAAUAUCCAGGUGGAGAAAAAGGUCCUGGAGAGGUUGAGGUUGAAGGCUGCUACUUAUGGUAGAGACCCGGCGAAUCCUGAUGAUAGUAAUUCGAAGAUUGAUGUUGAAGCCGUUGUUGCCAUGUACAAGCACGCUGUUAUCCCUAUGACGAAGAUCGUAGAGGUGGAAUACCUUAUGCAACGAUUGCAGGGAACAAAAUGGGAAACCAAUUGAUUGUAGUGAGCUAAUAAUGGCAUAUUACAUGCCUCUUUUUCCUUUUUACGAGAUCUACGACCCGCAUUGGGAACAAAGGUAAGGGGAUACACCAUUCAGGAAAUAGAUAUCGAU